AUGGGUCGCCGUAGCUCAGGAGGAAGAUCUGCACCACGUCCCCGUCCUGCUGCUGCACGCAGCCCUCCUCCUCAAACUGUAAACCGUGCACCUCCUCCAGCACCAGCAGCUCAGGCUAGUGGUGGUGGUGGCAUGCUCUCAGGCAUUGGUUCAACCAUUGCUCAAGGUAUGGCUUUUGGAACGGGAAGCGCUGUUGCGCAUAGGGCUGUUGAUGCUGUGAUGGGUCCACGAACUAUUCAGCAUGAAGGUGUUGAGACUGCUUCCUCUGCUCCUGCUGCUACUCCUGCUGCAGGCAGCAUGUUGUCUAGCUCCUGUGACCUUCAUGCUAAGGCUUUCCAAGAUUGCGUGAGCAGCUAUGGAAGCGACAUUAGCAGGUGUCAGUUCUACAUGGACAUGUUGUCUGAGUGCAGGAAGAACUCUGCUUCCACCAUUGGUGCCUGAUCAGUGGUCAAGGCUCAUGUUUCUUUUCUUUUAUUUGCAUUUUUAUCUACGAAACUAUUCAUUCAGCUGUGAUAUGCUGAGAAUUUGAUUGUCCUCAGAAAAAAAAACAACCAGAUGCUCUGCAACUUUGAAGUCUUUUGUGUUUUUCGUUUGUAAGAACUUUGGGUUAUUUUCCCUUCUUUAAUCGAAUAAUGCAUUAUGGAU